GUAGCGACUCCUAAAGGAGCAGUAGCAACAGCCGAAGAGGGAGGGGGGAAAAGGAGGAGGCUCCUCCUCCCUCCGUUGAUACGUCAGCAGCGGGAUUGCGGGGUGUUUCCGGAGCUCCUCGCUCACGUUCACUCUUCUCCGGUUCAGGAUCGAACCGGUCACGUCUUCGCGGAGCGCCUUUGAAACGAAGCUACGAGGAUUCCCUGUGUGGUGGACUUGUCCCAGGAUGACUGCGCUGACUGCGGGAACAGGCAUGGAAAGACCGGCAGGUCCUCAGUGACUGCAGCCAGGCAGCCUGCCCUCCCCCGUAACCUUUGAAGUGAGGCCAGGGUGUGAAGUAUUUUCCAACCAAGUAAACUCUUCAAACACCUUCAGAGCCCCCUGACACACACUCUCGCUGCCAAGGAUGCAGAAAGCAAGCUGACCCUGGACACAAGUAAAAAGCAGAAUAGUAACAAGCCAGAGGAGAUAACCAGAUCUGCUUUAUUCAUUAAGAGCGGCCACUCCAUCACAGGGCACAAACAUGGGGAACCAGCUAACAGGCACGGCCCCUAACAGCCCAUUCCUCCCCAACUUUCAGUCACUGCAUGUGGUGGUGAUUGGUUUGGACUCUGCAGGGAAGACCUCCCUGCUCUACAGACUCAAGCUGAGGGAGUUUGUUGAGACCAGCCCCACCAAGGGAUUCAACAUGGAAAGGAUUAAAGUGCAAAUCGGACACUCCAAAGCCAACACCACAACUUUCCAAGUGUGGGACGUUGGUGGUCAGGAAAAGCUGAGGCCCCUCUGGAAGUCGUACACUCGGAGGAUGGACGGGCUGGUGUUCGUGGUGGACGCAGCGGAGAUGGAGCGCAUGGAGGAGGCCAAGGUGGAGCUCCACCGGAUCACCCGGUCAGCUGAAAACCAGGGGAUUCCUGUGCUGGUUCUGGCAAACAAACAAGACCUGGAUGGAGCGCUGUCAUCUACAGAGGUGGAAAAGGUGCUGGGCCUCCACGAGCUGAGCUCCUCCACCCUGCACCACACGGAGGGCUGCUCAGCACUGAAUGGUCAGGGUCUGCAGCCUGGCCUGGAGAAACUCUAUGAGAUGAUUGUGAAGAGGAAGAGGAUGCUCCGACAAAGCAAGAAGAAAAGCUGAUGGAAAUAAAGGGGUGCAGGCCAAUUUGUGAGCACUUGUGUCUGUGACACUCGGGGAACUUGGUGAAUGUGGGAAACCAGAAAGAAGCUGGUCAGUCCUGUGGAUCAGGUGCAGUGUUUCCAACCAAGUGUAGACUCUGUUCCUGGAGACAUUUGGACCUUUGAAACUGCUUCUCAUUGUCUUUAACUCUCAGAGGACCACAGAGCUCUGCGGAGGGAGUGACCGCGCUGCUGGCAAACACUCACUGAAGCACGCACUAACGUCGAAGGAUGUUCGGUUACUGGUGCAGACGGCCCGUGUUACACCCGAUCACCUAAAUCUUCACCCUGCCUCAGACUGAGCAACACUUCUGUGCACCCACAGGAACUUCCUGUGUUUGAAUCUGCCCGAGCAUAUCGCUGUCACUCUCACCGGGCUUUGCUCCUCACAGCUGGAUGUUUCUGGAUUGUUAAGUUCAGACAAGUUUUUACAAUGGCUUCAUACUGUUUUGUAAAAUAUGAAUAAAUUGAGCAACGUUAGCAUUGU